AUGAUAUGUUCAUCAUUUGUAUUUGUUGCAACAACUUUACCAGUAACUGCAUUUAUUAUUGAUUUAUUGUCACACAAAGCAUCGAUUGAUCUAAUGCGUUGUCGACGUAUACAAUGGACUAUCUAUAAUAUUUUAAUGUAUUUUAAUUAUGCAAGUAUUCUUAGUUAUUGUUUAUCCGGUACAGAAUUUCGUCAUACACUAAUUAAAACGAUACGUUUUCAAGGAAAACCAAGUUUAGCAACAAUGUUACAGACUGAUGUAAUGAAUGCUGUUAAUCAACGUUUAACAUCAACACCUCAACAAUUACGUCAAGUAUUUGUAGAAUAUCAAGAUCAAAAACGUUUUCGUUCAUCAUCUGUUAGUGUGUCACCAGCUCUUAGUCAUAAAAAAAAUCAACAUGCAAUGAAAACAACAGCAGUUAAAGGAAAAUAUUUACAAAUUGAACAACCAAAUUAUCAUAAUCGCUAUAGAAAUUCUUGUACAAGCCAAACAAAUGGUCUAGGCAUUACAAGCUCAUCAACAAUUCAAAGUUUUCGAAAUACAGGAGGCAGACUAAGUUAUUCACGAAAUAAUAAAAAUGACAAAUCUGCUCAUACUGAUGAUAAAAGUUCUGUACACAGUAAAGUUAGUUUUCAAGAUAUAAGUCAAUAA